UCUGUGUUUGGCGAGAACAGUGAUAGUUCACAGUGAACCUCUCUCCGUAAAACGAACGAAGAAGUCUUCCAUGGAAGAAUACGACGAAGAAGUUCCUUCGUCGUCCGAUCCCAGUGAUUCCAGCGACGAAUUUGCUGGCGAAAGCGAAGAGGAGGAAGAGGAGGAGAACGACGACGAAGAACGAUCGGCGGUCAAAUCGCCAACGUCCGAUGAAGGUAGGAAAUCGCAGAAUGUCGACGCUCUCUUGAGAGGUAACCUUGUUGUAAGAAGACAAUCAUUACUUCCACGAGUUCUUUCAGUGACAGAUGGGGCAGCUGUUGCUAGAAAACCCUUUAAACCCCCAUUCUCUAAUGGUUACCAUGAUCGGAAUGACCAGUUAGUUCAUCGUCUUUGGGCUCGCAAACGGUUUGUUCCUUGGGGCUCCUCAAGGCCAGCUUUGGUUUUGAUAACCAACUGUGUGAAUAUAUCUAGUGCUGCUGAGAAAGAUGUGUUGGAGGAAAGUGUGAGUCUGCCAGCAGGGAUCGACCCUUUGGUGUUGUGGCACCCUGAGGAAUCUGAAGAGCAGGCAGAUAAUUUGAUGCCAAUAAUGGUGGACCCAUUGCUUGUCCGUUUCCUUCGACCUCAUCAGAGAGAGGGAGUUCAGUUCAUGUUUGAUUGUGUUUCAGGGUUAUCUAGCACUGUUAAUAUUUCUGGGUGCAUUUUGGCUGAUGAUAUGGGCCUGGGAAAAACUUUGCAAUCAAUCACAUUGUUGUAUACUCUUCUUCGUCAGGGAGUUGAUGGGAAACCAAUGGUUAAAAAGGCAAUAAUUGUUACUCCUACUAGUCUUGUAAGUAACUGGGAGGCUGAAAUUAAGAAGUGGGUUGGAGAAAGAGUUCAACUUGUUGCUCUGUGUGAAAGUACCCGAGAUGAUGUUGUAUUUGGAAUUGAUAGUUUUACAAGUCCCCAUAGCCCUUUACAGGUUCUGAUUGUUUCAUAUGAGACAUUUCGCUUGCAUUCUUCAAAAUUUAGUCACAGUGGAUCCUGUGACCUUCUCAUAUGUGAUGAGGCUCACAGACUGAAAAAUGACCAGACAUUAACAAAUCGGGCAUUGGCUGCUCUGGCAUGCAAGCGUCGCAUUUUAUUGUCAGGAACUCCAAUGCAGAAUGACCUAGAAGAGUUCUUUGCUAUGGUUAACUUUACUAAUCCAGGAAUCUUGGGCGAUGCUACAUAUUUCCGUCGUUACUAUGAGACACCAAUCAUUUGUGGAAGAGAACCUACUGCAGCUGAAGAAGAGAAGAAAUUAGGUGCGGAACGAUCUGCAGAACUGAGUUCAACAGUGAACCAGUUCAUAUUGAGGAGGACUAAUGCAUUAUUAUCAAAUCACCUCCCACCAAAGAUAGUUGAAGUUGUUUGUUGCAGGUUAUCUCCUCUCCAAUCAGAACUGUAUAACCAUUUUAUACAUUCUAAAAAUGUUAAAAAGGUAAUUAAUGAAGAAAUGAAGCAGUCAAAGAUUUUGGCUUAUAUCACCGCUCUUAAGAAGCUUUGCAAUCAUCCAAAGCUCAUUUAUGAUACUGUAAAAAGUGGAAACCCGGGAACAUCAGGUUUUGAAGACUGUAUGCGCUUUUUCCCUCCAGAAAUGUUCUCUGGAAGAUCUGGAGCAUGGACAGGUGGUGAAGGGAUUUGGGUUGAACUGUCUGGGAAAAUGCAUGUCUUAGCCCGAUUGCUGGCCCAUCUGCGUCAGAAAACAGAUGACCGAAUUGUCCUUGUCUCAAACUAUACUCAGACAUUGGACCUUUUUGCUCAAUUGUGUCGAGAGAGAAGAUAUCCAUACUUGAGACUUGAUGGCACCACAUCAAUCAACAAAAGACAGAAGUUGGUAAACCGUUUCAAUGACCCAUUGAAGGAUGAGUUUGUGUUUCUCUUGAGCAGCAAGGCUGGUGGUUGUGGCCUCAAUUUGAUUGGUGGAAACCGACUAGUCUUGUUUGAUCCUGAUUGGAAUCCUGCCAAUGAUAAACAAGCUGCUGCAAGAGUCUGGAGGGAUGGACAAAAGAAGAGAGUAUACAUCUAUAGAUUUUUAAGUACUGGGACGAUCGAAGAAAAGGUAUUCCAGCGUCAAAUGUCAAAAGAAGGGCUUCAAAAAGUAAUUCAGCAGGAGCAAAAAGACAGCCUUAAGACACAGGGUAACUUUCUUUCAACAGAAGAUUUACGUGAUCUCUUCUCAUUUCAUGAGAAUGUGAGGUCUGAAAUUCACAAAAAGAUGAAUUGCAACCGUUGUCAAAAUUACGAUGAAAGACCUGAGAGCGUGAGAGAGGAGGAUGGUUUUGAAUCAAAAAAUGAAUGUUGUCAGUCUUAUCAAAUGGAUUGUGAUGAUAUCGGUGGAUUUGCAGGCAUUACUGGAUGCUUGCAUAAGUUAAAAAGAUCUGAGAAACAGGUGGGGACUCCUUUGGAAGAGGAUUUAGGAAGUUGGGGGCAUCAUUUUUUCUCAACAUCAGUGCCUGAUGCUAUCUUUCAAGCUUCAGCGGGUGAUGAGGUCACGUUUGUUUUCACAAACCAAGUAGAUGGGAAGCUUGUACCUGUCGAAUCAAAAGUACGGGCAAAUAUGCAGGGAGUUGAAGUAAAUAAGAACCAAUCUGACAAAAGGGGAAAACUGCUCCAAAAACCCACGUUUCCGUCUAAACAUCAACAGUCAGCCCCACCAGUUUCUAACAAAGGAGAUUCAAUCACCAGCAUAUCAUCAUCCUCUUCCAACCCUUUUCAGCUGGCAGGUAUAAAAUCAAUGAAAACAUCAAAAAGCACACCAUCUGUAACAUUAAAGUCCAAACUCUCUAUUGGAAGUCAAUUACCCCUGAAAAGAUUGUCUCCUGAUUCUGUACAACAUGAUGAUGACUUUGAGUGAAAAAUUUUGGCGGCUCAAAUGAUUUGUUUCUAUUCA